UUUUUUUCAGGUAGUGCUGUUAUGAACCUCAAAUUUAUAUAUAUACAACCAACUCUUCAUAUCAGCAUCUCUUCGUGCAUUUGCAAUAUGAACAACAUUAAACCAGUUCCAAAAUUCUCCAUUCACCCCCCUGUCCAUCAUACCAACUUAAAAGUCAGAUCCAGUGAACCACCUUUAAACAAAGAUUCACAUGAGGUUUUCCUAGACUCUCUUGAGACUGACUCAGAAAUUCCCAUUCAAGAAAUAAAAUACCGGCCUGACCUUCAGAAAGAGAACCAAGACCAUGAAGCCCUUAUGAAGGAAGUUUUUGAGGAAAUGGAACCUGACAGCUUAGAUGAAGAAAGUCCAAAAUUUGAAAAUCUGAUCAAGUCAGAAGAGGCCAGUAAUGAAAUAGUUAAACUGUCCAAGGAGAAGCAUCCCCAUCCUGAGGUUCCUGUCGAGAACAAAAGUCAGCAACUGUUAGUGGACAAAUACUCAGAUCUCCGGUAUGAUCCAAACUGGAAGAAUAAUAAAGAAGAAGAAAUUUCAAAUCUGAAAAAGUCACAGCACACUGAAGAAAGCUUCAUACAGAGCUUUUCUUGGGAUCCAGUCAGUUACUCUAAGGAAACUUCAUUUGAGCUGUCAAGGGAAAAAAGUGACCUGGACAAAAGACCACAAAGUUCAGGUACAUUAAUUGGCAGUGAAUUUUUGAGCUCUAAUUAUGAACGUGAUGACCUCAACAGUGAGUCAGUUUCAUUUCUAAGUAGUAAUGAUACAGAAGACAAGUCAGCCAAUCUAUCAGAGUACGUCAAGAGUUCAAGUUCACAUAAUGAUGUCUUCCUGCCAUUACCACGGCCUCGAAGGAGGAAGUCUAAACAAGACAUUGUGGAAAAAAAUAAAGUGACAUUAGGAUUAUCAGUACCUAAUGCAGGCUCAUACCUUUAUCAGCACAGUAAGAAAAUGGGUGGCAUUCAUCCUGAGAAGAUCUCCAAUGCUGUUAAAGAGACUGAAGUGAUGCCUAAUAGAACUGAGGAGGCUAAGAAUCCUGUUACAAAUCCUGAUGACAAAUGGCAUCAUAGAGCCCAACUGCUUCAGGAUUACCAAGAACAACAGUCCCAAACUGAAAAAACAAAAUUCACCCAAAUGCCUAAUCAGCUAACUUCUGAAACAACUGAUGUCCGGCUGACUUCAAGAAGAAAAAACAUACGUAAAGUUCGAAAACAGUAUAAACUUUGGAGUGGGCCCAAACCACCAAACUCACAUAUUAAACCCAAUGUGCCUAAACAACUAGAUGUAAGUCAAGAUAACCAGAAACCUAUGCCCAGAGGACAGUAUAAACAGAUUAAACCAGCUGAUCCUUCAAUAAAUCUUGAAAAAGGUAUAAAUUUGAAUGAACCUGCCAAUCAUUUGCAAGAUUUGAAUGCUUUUAGACUCCAAUAUCACAACGAAGCAUCCACUAACUUUGCUUUGCCUAAACAAUCUUUUAAUAAACCUUUGUAUAAAAAUCCUGCUGUGUUUAAUUCCAUAUUGCAUAUUAAUGAAGAAAAAGGACAUCAGCGCUUCCAAGAAAGUAGUUCUUUGAUUUACAGGUUUAAUACUCAACCUGAUUGGAACUUCAACUACAUUAAACGAUCAUCUAAGGGACGCAAGAAGGGCUCAAAAUCCACUUCUGACAUGGAUAAUCAAGGAUCACUUGAAAAGAAAACUUCAACUCUGAGACAACCAAACCAGACAUAUUCAGAAUCAAGCUAUACCAAUGUAAAUAUAUUAUGGAAAUUCCAUCCUCAAUCUGAAAGUGAGCCAGCAAGGAUUUCUCCAGAUACUCAGCUCACCCACAUAAUGGAGCAGCAUCAACAAGCCUUGAUGCAGCUGACAGAAGUACAGCCCAGUGAAGUGACUUCCUCCACUACCAUGUUUCCAUCAAUAUUCUCAAGAGUGGACAGUGAAUCCCAACUCAAUACUGGAAAAAGCCAGAGAAGUCAGGCAACACUUAGUCGUUGCAAUUCUGAAGGCUACCUCCUACAACUGGAGAAGCUGAAAAAGCAUAAGGAUAGAGCUGCCAAUAAGACUUACAAGCUAAAAGGUUUUCAGAAAAAAGAUGUGAAACUUGGAGGCCUUGGACCUGACUUUGAAUCCGUCAAAGACAAAAUAAAAAAAUUAAAGCAACAAAAAGAAUAUGCAAAACAAGUUCAAGAGUACAACAUGAAAACUUUGUCCUCUGGGUCAAAACCACAAACAGUAAAACCGGAGAAUAAAACUUCUAUUUCUCGUCAGAAGGCUUUAGAAUAUGCUAGGAAAAUUCCAAAACCGAAACUAGUUUUGCCGUCAAAUCCGAAUGAUCAAGAAUCGAAGGAAAAGAGAAAUCCAUCUUCUGAAAAAGAAAGGAAUUUACCUGAAAUCUCAUUGCUAGAAAUACUCCAGAGCAGACACGAAAGAGAAAAACAGGCUGUGGCUGCUUUCAAAGUCCUUCACAUCGUGUAGAAAAUGUGUCUUCAUGAAGACCUAAUAGGUCAAGGUAUAAAAAAAAAAAGGAACUUCGUUCCAUUUCAUCCCUGUAGAUAGUGACUGCCUUUCAUUCUCAUCAGGAUAUAGUCUAUUUGUAUUUCCAUAGUAUUGAAAAUAUAGGCCAUAUUACAUGGUACCACAAACUGCUUUCCUUUACAUCAGAAAUCAUAUCAAAAUAAUUUAUUUUCAAAUCAGUAAGAAUUUGGUCUGACUACUGACCACAGACAA